AUGCCUUCCGGGAAGAAUAAUGGCAUGGGAAAAGCUUGGGCUAAUCUUGAUCAAAGCGGGAAAUGGUCGACCAAAGGAAUUGGUGCUAUAUUAAAAGUGGAAGAUGCGAUAGCCUACCGACACUACAAGGUGUUCAGAGCUUUAAGGAAGAAGCUCAACAAUAAAGGUGGUGAAUAUCCCACCACUUUCUCAGAUUGGUGGUGUCGGAUCAAUUCGAUCGAUGGCGAUGUCGCCGCUUGCGCCAAGGAACAGUUUGAGAGUAUCGUUCUCAACCAUGAUAGAGUCCUUCUGCUAGAGAAUAGAUUCGCUGACGUCUGCAUCCCCUUGCUUAGAUAUCCUCAAAUGAUCAAAACCCUCUCUGAUAGAGAGAUAAGGAAGAUGGUCGAACGAAAGAGGACAUCGACCUUCCAUACCUACAAGCCCACCGAUGAGCUAUUCAACUUCCCCAAGAAUCUUGUCGACAACGAUGGUAAUGCGUUAGCAUUCAUCCGAUUGAGGCACAUGCCUUCCAUUCCGAAGCACAGGUUACCUCGUCAAGAAAUAGACGAUGAGUCGCCUAAUUACUCUCAUGAUGAGUGGAGAAGCUCGUCUAUAUUUGGAGUUGUGUGA